UUUUGUCCCUUCUCCCUUCCACUCCCCUUUGGUUAUCAUAUUCCCAUAAUCCACCCCGGCUCUGUGAAUUUAGAGUUUGUGCUCUGAGUGUCACAUCCAAGAUGGCACUUCACCGGUUAUUCCACCUGUCCUCCGUGCUGCGCUCCGCUGUGAGCCUGACCCUGCGCAGGAACAUCGGCAUCUCUGCCGUUGUCUUCAACCGGGCCAAGGAACUCGAUCCCGUCCAGAAACUAUUCCUGGACAAGAUCCGCGAAUACAACACCAAGAGCAAGGCUUCCGGUGGCGUUGUGGACGCAGGGCCCGCUUACCAGAAGGAUGUGUCUGAUGAGGUUAACAAACUACAGAGGCUAUACGGCGGAGGAGACCUUAACGGGUUCCCUGACUUAAAAUUUUCAGAGCCCAAUUUUGAAGAAGUGGCCAAGUGAAUGCUGUCCCAGCUCUUUAUCACCUGCAUGUCACACGUCUGUUGUAUUUAAUAAAAAGAUAGUAGACUGAUCUAUGACACACUGGUUAACAGUUGAAUGAUUCUGGUUGUUACCACACUGUCAAUAAACAUAAGCUACUUGAGAUGA